AUACACUAUUAGCAGAUUUUACUCACGAUGAUAUUACUUACAAUGAUAUUACUCACAACGAUAUUAUUCAUAGCAAUAUUACUUACAACGAUAUUACUCAUAGCAAUAUUACUUACGACAAUAUUACUCACAAUGAUACUACUCACGAUAAUAUUACUCACGAUGAUACUACUUAUGAUGAUAUUAUUUACGAUGAUAUCACUUAUGAUAAUAUUACUUACAAUGAUAUUACUCACAGCAAUACUACUUACGAUAAUAUUAUUGACAAUGAUAUUACUUACAAUUAUAUUACUUACGAUGAUAUUAUUUGUAAUGAUAUUACUUACAAUGAUAUUACUCACAACAAUAUUACUCUUGACAAUAUAACUCACGAUGAUAUUACUCACAACAAUAUUACUCAUAAUGAUAUUGAAUCAUCUGAUUCUAUUUAUGAAAUUAUUGAUCUAUAUAAUUCUAUUAAUGAAAAUAUUGAUACUGAAUUGUUCAAUUCUAUUCCUGAAGAUGAAUUAUCUAAUUUAACUUCUGAAG